AAGGUCAUUAAAGCUUACCUUCAUCGUCGUUCUCCUCCUCCUCAAUACUAAAAAUACCUCCGACGACGACGACGACGACGACGAGGUGCAUACCAGGAGGAUUCAGACCAUGGACCACGGCGGGAUGGGGGAUAUGAGCACGAACAAUUCCAACAUGGCCAAGAGGCACUACACCCACAUGACCUUCUUCUGGGGCAAGAACUCCGAGAUCCUCUUCUCGGGAUGGCCCGGCACCAGAGGCGGCAUGUACGCCCUGGCGCUCCUCCUCGUCUUCGCCCUCUCCUUCCUCGUCGAGUGGCUCAACCACUGCCGUCUCAUCAGGCCCGGGACCGGCCAUGUCGCCGCCGGGCUCGCCCGGACGACGCUGCACGCGGCGCGAGUCGGGCUCGCCUACCUCGUGAUGCUGGCGGUCAUGUCGUUCAACGGGGGCGUGCUGAUCGCCGCCGUCGUCGGUCACGCCGUCGGUUUUCUUCUCUUUGGCAGCUCGGUGUUCCGGAAGACGCCGCUGCAGCCGACCGACAACGACGGCCUCAAGGGUGAUCUUCCUCCCAUGGCCUGCUGAUGUUGUGCGUGAUUUGGUAGUAAAUUUGGAUGCAAGAUGUGAUCUUGUGUAGUUAUAGAAGCUUGAAAUCUAAUAAUUUCAAUAAGAAACAUGGAUUCAUCUGUAAGAAAUCCUUUAGCAGCAUGCUGAUCUUUGUGCAGGUCGACUACGAUGCUGUAAUCCUCCUGCAUGGCUGUGAAAUUAUACAUAUAGCAUCCCAUGUGAUUCACCGAUUGCA